AUGGCGGCGCGGAGGAUCGAUGCGAAGACGUUCGAUGCGGUGAUCGAACGCGCGUGCGAUCGGGGACGGGUGGAGGCGUUGCGCGAGGUGGACGCGCGGUUGAGCGAGGCGACGCGCGCCGAGACGAGAGGGGCGCGGGACGGAGACGCGAGCGAGCGAACGGCGGCGAUGGAUCGGGCGAUGCGUGCGGAGGCGGAGGCGGUGGCGAUAAUCGAGUGUUUAAGACAGCGAGGGGAGAUCUCGGCGUUCGGGAGGUGUCAUAACGUCCCGAAGCGAGACUACACUUUGGCGGAACUUAAGCUGAAUAACAUCGAGGCUGAGAAGCUGCUCGCGCCGACGGAGUCGACGAUCAAGGGGAUCAGGGAUAAUUUCACUCGUUUGCUCGUCGCGGCGUACGUCGGUGGUGUCGUCGCGUUGCAUCCCACGUUCGCGCAAGGCGCGGGUGUGGCGGCGUUUGCGACGUUUUGCUCCGUGUACGACCAAGUCGCUUUCGCCGGCGGCGUCUCUGCACUCGCCCUCGACACCGUCGCGCAGUCGACGUCGAAGGAGUACGUCACGCGACU